AUGGGCGACUUACCAAAAUUGCCACUGGAGCUCAUCUUCAACAUCAUCGCAAGCCUGCUGGGCGAUCCUCAAACCAUCUACGGCCCGUCUCACUCAUCCACCGAGGCCCUCCUCUCAUUCACCCUUGUCUGUCGAGCGACGUACUCUGUGGCUACCAACUACCUCCGCGAGCAGUGCCUGUUCAUAGACGAUGACAGACGCCUGCGCGACCUGAUCCACACCGUCGAAUCCACCAAGCACAGGGUCCAGGGCUACAGCGGCGCCGGGACUGACAUCCCAAAGUCCCUGCCGGUACAGCCCGGCAGCAGCCUGCGGCCCAUAGCAAGCCUGUACCUCUCCCCCUUCGGCCGGACCAUCGACAACCAGCCAAUAGCGAUAUGGAUCCGUGAGCUGUUCUGCCUUGUCCACCCCACGCUGCGCCGCCUGGUCAUAGACAUGCCCCUGCGGAGCCUCUACCCGGCGGGUGAUCACCUCAACGUGCGCAAGACCCUCAGGGAGGCUUUCAGCAUGCUUACCGAGCUUGAAGAGUUCACAAGCGUGCGGGACGAGCUGUACCUUGACAUUCUGGAACCGGAAUGGCGGACGGAGAGGGAGACGACCGUGUGGACCCUGUGGCCCAAGUUGAGGAAGCUUGCGUUGUAUAACGUCGACGCGGACGAGAGGUUCUGGAAGUCGGUGAGGAACAUGAGUGAAUUAGACACGGUGGUUUUGACGCGCGCAGACGGGCUGGAGAGCACCUGUAUGAAAACAGAGUAUUUUGACACUGCAUCUGGGGGCGAUACUAGUGACGAUGCUGGGACUGUGGACGGGGAGGAGUCGGCACUACCGGGGCCGCUGAAGGUGGUGGUUGUGAACAUCUCGAGCAACCAGCCCAACUAUCUGGGAGGCAGGUGGAAAUGGGACAAGGUCGACCCGAACAACAUUAUGAAGGUCAUGACCUAUGACGUCCCCACGUCGUUCUACGGCGAUGAGAAUCCCAUCUACCUGUGCCAGCAAUGGGUAAAGAUGGCGGCUUUGAGGGGCGAGAUUUGGGAAUGGGAGGGAGACAUGGUGAAGGGAGCACCCCGUGACGGCUCAGGAAAUACCAUAGCAUUUGAGUUAGAGGCAUGA